GGUCCUGAAGACUGGCGGGUGGCGGGGGCGCGCGCGGGACGGCGGGGGCGCGCGGUGUUGUGAGGCCUGCGCGCGGCGCUGUGAGGCCUGCGCGCCAGGCUGCGGGAGCCAUGCGGCGGUCGAGGAGUGCCGCCGCCGCCAAGGUGCGCACUCAGAAGCGUUCCGAGGCUUCGGCGGCCCCGGCGGCCCCAACGGCCGAUGCUUCGACCCCUAGCGCCACCCGGGCACUGCGCUCUACGAGCCAGGCCGGGAGCAAGAGCCAGGCGGAGGCGAAGCCGCUGUCGGAGAAGCGGCGGCUGAGGCGCUCGUCGCCGCGGGCCCAAGAGGAGAGCCAGGGGGAGCCGCCGCCGCCGGAGCUGGCGUUGCUCCCGCCACCACCGCCGCCGACUCCCGCGACCCCGACAUCCUCGGCGUCCACCCUGGACCUGGGCGAGCAGCGGGAGCGCUGGGAAACGUUCCAGAAGCGGCAGAAGCUCACCUCCGAGGGCGCUGCCAAGCUCCUGCUGGACACCUUUGAAUACCAGGGCCUGGUGAAGCACACGGGAGGCUGCCACUGUGGAGCAGUUCGUUUUGAAGUUUGGGCCUCAGCAGACUUGCAUAUAUUUGACUGCAACUGCAGCAUUUGCAAGAAGAAGCAGAAUAGACACUUCAUUGUUCCAGCUUCUCGCUUCAAGCUCCUGAAGGGAGCUGAGCACAUAACAACUUACACAUUCAAUACGCACAAAGCCCAGCACACCUUCUGUAAGAGAUGUGGCGUUCAGAGCUUCUAUACUCCACGCUCCAACCCCGGAGGCUUCGGAAUCGCCCCCCACUGCCUGGAUGAGGGCACUGUGCAGAGUAUGGUCACAGAGGAAUUCAAUGGCAGCGAUUGGGAGAAGGCCAUGAAGGAGCACAAGACCAUCAAGAACAUGUCUAAAGAGUGAGCUUCUGCCUCUCCUGUCCUGAAAAGGAGGAAUGAUUGGGGCCAGCAACUUUGCUUUUCCUGCCGCACCUCGGUGGUGCUCCUGAAUGUCGCUGACCUGGAAUGCUGGUUCCGUUCACCAGGGCCAUCUUGAUCUCUGCAGUUUGCUCCAGCUACCAGUUUCUUUAGGCAGCUCUUUGUCCUCCCUCUGCCCGAAUUUUGAUGUAGUCUAGUUGACAUCCUUCUCUUCUCAACUUUUGUGUGAUCUUUUAGGAAAAAAAAUAAAAUAUUUUUAACAUCAAAGCAGUUACUGUGGUUUAUCA